AUGUUACCUGAAGAACAAGAUCAACAACGUAAAAAAUGUACACAACUAUUCGAUGAUAUAAUUAAAUCAUUAAUGGACAAUUCAUUCGUAGCUGAAAAUUCUAUUCAUGAGAAACAAAUCGAUAUCCUUUUGAAUCAAACAAAAUUGCAUCUUAAAAAAAUUAAAGAAAAAUUUUUAACAUCGUCAUUAAAUAUUGAAUCAUUUAAUGCCUUAUUUAAGGAAUUAACAGAAUGUAUUGAAGGUGUUUACAAUAUCAUGUCACAGAUAUUCAAAUAUGUUUCUAGCAAUAUUAAUAAAUUAACAACAAAAAUUCAAACUCUAUCUACUGAAAUGGAUAAUAUUAAAACAACAAAUACAAAAUUACUUACAGAUAUUGAAGCAAUGCAAAAGAAACAAGAAGAAUUCCAAAAAAGAAUUGAACAACUUGAACAACAAGAAUUAAAAAGAAUAAAAAAAGAAAAAUAUCGUGAACGACAAGUGUUGAUCAGAGAUUUAUUUUCAAUACCUAAAGAUUGGUUAUGUGAAGAACUGAUACACAACAAUCUCCCAGACACUGAUGUGAAGAUCUAUUCAAAACGAGAAACUGAUAGCAAGAAAUUAUUAUCUGAAUAUCCAUUAUUAUAUUCAAUUUUACAAAAGGUGUCCAAAGAAUUCGAAAUUGAUCCGGUUCAUAUGUUGAAUUAUCUUAAAGAAAAAAAAGAUCCAAAUAAAUCUUCUCAUGUUAAUGCCGAGCUUAAAAAAUAUGUUUAUGAACAUACAAAUUAUGAUUUAAAACAAUUUUUAGAAACAAAAGAAAUGUACCCUCUUGAUGAAGAAGAUUAUACAUGUUAUCGUUGUACAGGUCAUAUUAUAGAAUGGACAAAAUCUUUUUAUUCAACAACAACACGAACAAGAAAAAUGUUGGAUAUAUCAGAUGAUAUUAAAACAGAAUAUGAUGCUUUGCAAAUAUUUAUCUUUUUAUUGACAUUUUUCAAACCAACAUAUUAUCAGAAUUUGCCACUUUCUAAUUAUGUUGUAUCAUCAACUGGUCGUUUAUCAAGUUCUCUUGCAAUUAUGCAAAAAGAAGUUGAACGAUUAGAUGAAAUUCAAAAAAUGAGUGAAAAACUUCAAGAAGUUCAAGCAGUAACUAUUCACAUUGUUUCAGAAGAAUUUUUAAAUGAAAUAAAAAAUGAUCGUCCGUCAAUAGUUAUGGGAAAAUCUCCAUUAAACAAAACUGUACCAGAUAAAAUCAAAUUAAAAAUAAAAGAUAGAGCUGCUGUUGAUCCAGAUUUAGUUCAAGAUAUUUUUAAAAUGAUUUUUAAUGUUGAAAAUAUGAAACAAAUUUUAUUAUCAUUUGAAAUUGAUUUAACUAAAAUGCCAUUAGGAAAAUUAUCAAGAAAUCAAUUAGAUAAAGCUUAG